AUGGUCAGGAAGAUGUGCCAGGUCACUGCCGCUGCAUGCCUGCACGCGUUGACCACGGCAGUCAGACGCGCGCUCUGCAUCAGUGACGUGGGUGACGUGGGUGACGUGCUGACGUGGGUGACGUGCGUGGUGCUGACGUGGGUGACGUGCGUGGUGCUGACGUGGGUGACGUGCGUGGUGCUGACCGUGCGCCGCUGUCGCGUCAAGGCCGCGCAGCAACGGCGAUCUCAGGGCCACACCAUCAUCAGGGAUGGUGGUGAUGUCGCUUCUUGUGAUGGUGGUGGUGUUACUUCUGCUGCUGCUAGCGCUGGUGCUGAUGUGGGUAAUGCUGGUGUUUCUAGGGCUGUUGCUGCCGGUAAUCCUGCUGAUGUAGGCGGUGCUGGUGCUUGUGUUUUAGAUGCUACUGAUGGUGCUGCUGCUUGUUGUGAUGGUGGUGGUGUUACUUCAUCUGCUGCUAGUGCUGGUGCAUUUAAAUUUGAUGAUGCUGGUGUUUCUAGGGCUGUGCUUGUGCAGGUGCUGCUGCUGAUUUCGAGCCCAACGAGAGUGAGCCCUAGCCCCUCACUGGUCACCAUGAGCAGCCUGGGCAGUAUGAGCACCUCGACGAGCGUGAGCGCAGGGUUCAGCGACCCUUCCUGCUCGUCGUCAUCGAGCGCAGGCGCCUGCUCAUCGAACCCUGAGGAGUACACGCUGCUACAUUACUGCUACACGGGGGAGCUGGAGGUGGGUGGUGUGCUACACUACUGCUACACGGGGGAGCUGGAGGUGGGUGGUGUGCUACAUUACUGCUACACGGGGGAGCUGGAGGUGCGGGAGGCGAGCGUGGAGCGGCUGCUGUCUACGGCGCACCAGCUGCUGCUGGGGGAGGUGGUGUCGGUGUGCUGUGGGUUCCUGGCAUCCCAGCUGCACCCCACCAACUGCAUCGGCAUCCAACUCUUCGCUGAGUCUCAGAGCUGCUCUGACCUGCAGCUCGCUGCUCAGAAGUACACGGCAGAGCACUUCUCUGAAGUGUGCACGCAGCAAGAGUUCCUGCAGCUCAGACUUCCAGAGCUGCUGCAGCUGCUCAGCUCUGAUGACCUCAACGUGUCUUCAGUGCAGACCAUCCUGCAGGCGGUGGUGUCGUGGCUGGAGCACGACCUAGCAGGUCGGGAGGAGCACAGCUCCACGGUGCUGGGGCUGGUGCGCCUCCCCCUCCUGCCUCCCCAUCACCUCAGCCACAGCGUCCACCUCAACCCCCUCUUCGGGGCCGACCUCCGCUGCCUCAGGCUCCUCGUGGAGGCAUUCCAGCACCACCUUAAGGUGCCGCUGUCCCCCGACGCCCCGGAGGAGGCGCUGACGCGGACACGACCACGCAAGAGCACCGUGGGCCUCCUGUACCUGGUGGGGGGCAUGGACGCCAGCAAACUGCCCGUUGAGGGGAACACCCAUGUCCUCCCCCACUUGAGGGGAACACCCAUGUCCUCCCCCAGAUCAUCGCUGGGGGUGGGGGUGGUGGGGGGCAAGCUGUACGCGGUGGGGGGGCGCGACGGCUCCUCGUGUCUACGCAGCGUCGAGUGCUACGACCCGCACACGAACAGGUGGACGCCAUGUGCGCGUAUGCACCAGCGACGAGGAGGCGUGGGGGUGGGGGUCCUGGGGGGGCACCUGUAUGCCGUGGGGGGGCACGACGCCCCCGCCUCCUCCCCCACCGUCACCCGCCUGCAGUGCGUUGAAAGGUACGACCCAGCAACAGACACCUGGACGCUGUUGCCAGGUGGUCUGCCCGUGGGCUGCGACAGCGUGUCGGUCUGCCAGCUGGGGGAGCAGCUGGUCUGUGUUGGGGGCUACACGGGCACCAGCUACCUCACUACCACCCACGCCUACCAGCCUUACACCAACACCUGGGUACAGCUGGCAUCAUUACCUGCUGGUCGUGCUGGUGCAUGUACAGUCGUCAUCCAGCAGUGACUGUACAGUCGUCAUCCAGCAGUAACUGUACAG